ACAGAUGGAGUCUCUUUUCAUCACGACUCAACAGAGAGAGAACAGCUACAGGACAGUUACAACACCCUGACUAAAGAGAGAGACCAGCUACAGACCAGUUACAACACCCUGACUAAAGAGAGAGACCUGCAACGGACCAGUUACAACACACUGAUUAAAGAGAGAGACCUGCAACGGACCAGUUACAACACACUGAUUAAAGAGAGAGACCUGCAACGGACCAGUUACAACACACUGAUUAAAGAGAGAGACCUGCAACGGACCAGUUACAACACACUGACUAAAGAGAGAGACCUGCAACGGACCAGUUACAACACACUGACUAAAGAAAGAGACCAGCUACAGACUGAGAAAGUUUUUCUUCGUGAGAGGCUUUCUAAUCUCAAACAAAACUGUCCUGCUGGCUGGCAGAAGUUUGAACCCAGUUGGUACUUCCUGUCUAAUGAUGCUAAAACCUGGAAUGAGAGCAGAGAGGACUGUCUGGAGAGAGGAGCAGACCUGGUGAUCAUAAACAGUGAUAAGGAACAGGAGUUUCUCUUCAACCUAAACAAGAGAGUCUGGAUUGGUCUGACUGACUCUAUUACUGAGGGGACCUGGAGAUGGGUGGACGGCACCCCACUGACCAACCCAAGGUACUGGCAUAAACCACAGCCUGAUAAUGGUGCUGGCAGACUAGACUAUGGUGAGGAGGACUGUGUUGAGAUACGUAAAGAUCAGCGUCCUCUGGAGGCAUGGAAUGACUUGUCAUGUGACAGGAAAAUCUACUGGGUUUGUGAGAAAGUGGUUUAACAUCACCAUGACAACAUACUGUCACACAUACAGCAGCACACAGUGCACGAAACUUCCUCCUUCAUUCUCUCGCUCUCUCUGUGUGUCUCUCUCUCUCUCGCUCU